AUGAAUAGCUUAACAAGAUCAUUAUUCUCAAACACCACCAGAUACCUGUCAUCAAAUGUCCUUGCUAGAUCAUCGACAACAAGAUUCAUCCAAUAUAAUGCCGGCAGCUCAUUGAGGAGACUGCAGGACAUCAAUGGAAACAGCCAACAAAGAUACACUCUGAGAAGCUACUCCACUACUGAGAACAAGACUACUGAGCAACAGACAUCAACCACAGCAGCAGAGGAGAAGCCAACCACAGACACCCCACAGCAACCAACACUUGAGGAUCAAAUCGAGGACCUGAAGAAGCAACUCGAGGAGAAGCACAAGCUGUUGCUUUACACUGCUGCUGAGCGUGAGAACGCUCGCAAGUUUGGCAAGGAGGAGGCAGACAAGGCCAAGAAGUUUGGCAUUCAGUCAUUCGCAAAGGAGUUGCUCGAGGUGGUCGACCAGCUCGAGAUGGCACUUGGCCAGUACAACCAGGAGCAUUUGAGCGCCAACAACGAUCUCAGAACACUUCACGAGGGUGUCAAGAUGACAGAGGACCUGUUCCUGAAGAUUAUGGGCAAGAAUGGUCUCAUUCGUUUCAAUCCAGUCGGCGAGAAGUUCGACCCAAACAGCCACCACGCACUCUACCAAAUCGAGGAUGCCACCGUUGAUCCAGGUACAAUCAAGGUCGUUCACAAGCAGGGUUACAAGCUCAACGAUAGACUUGUUCGUCCUGCCCAAGUUGGUGUGUCUAAGAAGUCAACAUAA